UCAGUUCUUACAUCUACGAUUGAUUUAUGUAACACCAUCAUGGGAACCGGACUAAUGAGCAUUCCAUAUGCUUUUGCCACGGUUGGUAUUGGCUAUGGAUCGUUUUUAAUUUUGUGCUCAGCUGCCGCGACAUGGUUUUCUGUUCGACUGUUGAUCUCAUCUGCACAGUUGGCAUAUGGAACUGGUGAGCCAUCAUAUGGUGCAUUGGCUAGGACAGCCAUGGGUCGUCAAGGAGCAAUGUGGGCAGAUAUUGCCAUGUCGGCCUGUUGCUAUGGAUUUGCUGUAUCCUAUUUGGUAUCCAUAGCUGAUUCAAUGCCUAAGGCUGCAGCAGUGCUGUUUCCUGAAUUUAUUGUUGGUUCGUGGUUGUACCAUUUAUUUCAAAUUCCGCAGUUUUGGAUGUUUGCAUUUCUAGUUUUGAUUGCACCAUUGUGUUAUGCAAAAUCGGUGGAUGAGUUUUGGUGGUUUUCGUCAACGUGUCUUGGUGCUGCACUUUAUAUUGCGUUUGCGGUGAUCCUGCUGAGCUAUUCUGCACCACAUCCACACAAAGGUGUUGAUCAACACGAGGACAUUCCUUGGUUUUCUGUCCGAAUAGAAGCAUUUCAAACGAUAUCCAUCUAUAUAUUUGCGUUUACAUGCCAUCAAAACGUGAGCUCAUUUAAUUGCAUUCUAUUCACUAUGUUGUUUCGACAUAUUCGUCGUGUUGUGGAUCUGAGUAUUAUUGCUGUAGCAAUUCUGUAUCUUGCUGUGGGAAUAUGCGGAUUUUUAGCUUUUGGAAACUCUUCAAUGGUUUUAAUUCUUGAUAAUUUUCCAGACACACCGUUUAUUACGUUUGCAAGACUCAUGUACGCUUUGCUUGCUGCACUGUCUGUUCCGAUUCAAGUGCACCCGUGUCGUGCAUGUCUUGAUUCAGUCUUGACAACAUUUGCCUAUCAAUCUCGAUACACUCGUCUUCUUGCUUACCACACUCUUGCAGAAACCAUUACUUCACCGAUUACAGCUGCUCCAUACAUGACUUCGAAUUUGUUUUGGUAUGCUCACAGAUCGCUACAUAGUGCCAUGCAGCAAGAGCAUUCUCGCAGUUACAUUUUAACCACAUCUAUUCUUGUAUUCACGUACCUCAUGUCCUUGUGGUUUAACACUUUGGAAGAUGUACUGUCGUUUGUUGGAGGAACAGGUGGAGUUAUCAUGUGUUUUGUGAUGCCUGCAUUGUUUUAUUGGAAUUUGACGACACCUGAAACGGGUGGAUGGAGACGACCAUUUUCUGUCAUGUUAGCAGCUACUGGAUCUAUA